AUGAACAGUGAAAGUCCGUCGAACUGCAAUUAUUGCUAUUCUCUGGAGUGCAGCGUCCGCGUCGAGCCGAGCACUCUGGAAGCCAAGAAAAUGACUGUUUCCGCCAAGACGGCCAUUGUUUCGAUAGGGCGAAACUCGAACAGGUUCAUCUUGAAUUUUGAGAAAAUAAGAUACUAAUUGAACUAUUUUGCAUCUGAUGCCGUUAUUUUGGGAUUUUUGGAUAUUAGCACAAGCCAAUCUUUUAUAUGCGAUUUGCACAAAAAAAAGGUUGUCUGUUCUAGGCAAAUCCUGCUGCAGGUGGAGUUGAUCAACUGCAGGAGCGUGGGGCAGCCAGUUAUGGCUAGCUACCUGCUCGCAGACGCUGUUCUGCACCAGCAACUCGUGACCCAGGGCAAGGCUUCCGUAGAGAUCCCCUCAAGGUCUUUUUUUUUCUAACCAAGAAAAACUAUUUUCUAGGAUUUUAAAAAGUUUUUAGUUGUUUUUCCUAUGAAAUUCAAAAAGAAUUUCUACAGAUAUCUUGAUUUUGACCAGAAUUAGUAACAGGAUAAAAAAAAACCUUGCGGUUGAGAUCGUUUCAAGCUCAAAUAUACAUCUAUAGUGAGCAACAGAACAAGUUUUUUUAUUUAUUUUUUUCCUUAUAAUUCACAUCAAAAGCAUCAUUUACGCCAAAAAACUCAAAAGAACUAUAAAAACCAGUUUUUCAUGAAAUCUUGCUGAAUUAAAACAUCAUGUCCUUUCAAAUUUUUUUUUUAUUUCUGCUUCUAAUGAACCGUUUUGAGGCAUUUGGUCAUAAGAAUGUCGAACUGUCCUCCGCGGAAACUCAACGUCUUUAUCAAGUCUUUGCAAGCCAAACUUGAUAUUUUGAGAGCCGAAAAUGGAGGUCCACUGAAAACGCCUGUUUCUAGGUUCGAUACUAGUUACAGAUUUUAUCAGUCAAUCAACUUCAUAGAUUUUGCUGUCAAUUUUUUUUGAGAAAGUAAACCGAAUUUCGUAUAUAUAUUGUUAGCUGUGACUAUCAAUAUUUGAUUCUUUCCAAUGUUAAAACAUGUUAAAAAUCUAGGAAAUUAACAAAAACUAGUACGUUGACUUGAAAAAAAAACAUUACGGGAGGAUUGGCACGUGAUAGCAUGAAGGCGUUUUGGAAAGGCUUCAAAAUUGAACGAAUUGAGAUUUUUUGGAGAAGUCUUCAGAUUAUUAGCUACAUUAUGUUUAUGAAAGGAGUGUGAAACUGAAAAUUCGAAUCAUAUUUUGGGCGGAAAAAAUAGAUUUUCAAUCUGCGUAUGUUGAUUUUUCUGGAGCAAUUUUUUUCUUAGAAACUACUUGAUUGAAUUUAAAAAAACCUUGCGCUUAAAAAAACUGAAAAAUGUUUUUUUCGAUACGGUUUUUUUCUAAUCUAUUCUCUCUUGUUCAGAGCCAAUUUGCUUUCGGGACUUCCAAAAAGUUUUUCCUCGCUCUGAGCCCUCUCACUAUCACGGAAAUCCGCAAAGUUCGACGGUAUGUAUUUUUUCUCUGUUAAUAAACAUAGGAAUUAAUGUUUUUCAAGAUAGCUUCCUCAUUAUAGUGCAAUUUCCGAAAACGAUUUUUUUCAGAUUACGCGGAGUGGCGACUGGCAAAUCACCAAUGGCCUCCGGAAGUUACAGCAAGAAGGACGUCGGGCCGAGAACGUCUUCUGGAACGUCUUCUGCCCCUUCGCCCGUCCGAAGGCCGUUGACCUCGACGAACGGCGGCCUCAAGAGACUGCACAGCUUUCCGCUCCUCAAGACUGCGGUCCGUUAAAGGAACAAAAAUUUGGUGUAUCUAAAUAGAAAAGUAGGAAAAAUUCUCAUAGCAAAUUUCAAAAAUCUAUUAAAAAGGAAUUUUUUCAUGAAUGGCUACAUAUUGAGAGUGAUAAAAGUUUUUUCUUCUGAUUUACCCUUCAAGACCAACUUCUAACAUGGUUAAACAAAUCUUUAUAGACGAGCCUAACGCCUCUGACGUCGAUCGCAGAAGAGCCAAAUGUCUCGUCUGAUAGAUUCGAACUUUCUCCUGAACAGAAAAACGUCGUCAGAUUGGUUGUUCAGGUUGACCAAAAAACGACAUGGCGUUGAAAAUUUCCCUUUUGAGUUGAAGCAGAAUGUAUUCUUCACGGGCUCGGCAGGCACCGGAAAGUCGCUGAUUCUGCGGCGAAUCAUCGAGAUGCUGCCGGCGCAGACGACGUUCAUCACGGCGGCGACCGGCGUCGCGGCCUGUCAGUUGGGCGGAGUCACGCUGCACAGCUUUGCCGGGAUCGGCGUCGCCCGCGGCAGUCCCGACGACUGCCUCAGGAUGGCCCUCGCUCAGAAACACGUCGUGCGUUUCUCAAGAAACUUUCGUUACUUUCUAUGCGUUGAAUCAAAUACUCCGGUUUGAGCAUCCAAAAAAAAGUUUUUACUGUUGCUUUUAGCCAAUUUUAAGCUUUUCAUUACAAAUUUUUUUUCUGUAUUCUUUCUUGCAGCUUUUCGUCAUAUGAUAAAUUAAGAAUCCAGCUCCUUCUCGCAUAUUUUUUAAGAAAUGAACAAAAUAAAUAAUUCAACACAUAAAUUAUCAGCCUCAUUUCACUGUUCAGGUGCAACAGUGGAAGAAGUGCUGCCACCUGAUCAUCGACGAAAUUUCAAUGAUCGACGAAGAUUAUUUCAGCAAACUUGACUAUGUAAGUCAUCCAGUAGCCGUUCUUUUUUACUCGCAAACUCACAUUUCAAACUUUUAAGGUGGCACGAGAGAUUCGCAACAAAACCGACUUGCCUUUUGGCGGAAUUCAGUUGAUUAUAACUGGCGACUUCCUCCAACUCCCUCCUGUUUCUAAAGGCGAACCUAGUUUUUGCUUUGAAGUUUCUUUGUUUUCCGUAGCUUGGUGAAUUUCUACUGUUUGAGAGUCCGGCUUGGCGGAAUUGUAUUCAAAAAACUGUACUUCUGAAGCAGGUUCGACGACAAGACGACGUCCAGUUCAUCAAGAUCCUCCAGAAAAUCCGUCUCGGCGAGUAGGCGGCUCUUCAAAUUCUUCUCGCUCAACAGAGUGGCGAUUCAGAUGUGACACGGCGUCAGAAUCCAUUCUGAAGGCGACCUCGUCUAACGUCUUCUCCGAAGUUCUUCCCACGAGACUUUGCACACACACCAACGACUCUCAGGCCAUCAACAUCUCAAAUUUGAACAAGCUCGAAGGUUUUACUUCAAAAAUUUUUUUAUAAUGUUUCUAAUUAAAAAUAUUUCAUCUAUUGGCUUCACGGAAAAAAAUAAUAGUUCAACAAUUAAGUAUGCUGUAGAAAAAAAUAUAUAAAAACUUUCUAUCCCGCAUUUCAAGUCAUCUUCAUUUUUCAGCGCUCGUUCAUUUUUAGAAGACUUUUUGAACAGGAAAUGUGUCUUUGAAGCUUUUUUUAGAAGUUGUUUUUUCUCUGCAAAGCUAACUUUGAAUCUUUUGCCCAACAAAAUUUAUUUUCUAUUUCAGGUAACGAGAAAAAUUUCUUGGCGAUCGACGACGGCCAAAUCCCUGAAAGUCUACAGUCGAUAGCUCCCAAACAUUUGGUGCUGAAAGUUGGAGCUCAGGUUCUGAGUUUCAGUCUCAAUUGGUCUGAAGGCUGUGCUCAGGUGAUGCUCACCAAGAACAUCGACCUGUUCCGAGGGCUGUCCAACGGUUCCCGCGGCUCUUUGGUGCGUUUUUCGGAAGAAGAAGGUAACCCGGUGAUUCACUUCGCCGCGACUUCGGAAGAGGUCGAGAUACGGAGAGUGAAGUUCCAAGUGCGAGUGCCAGGCAGCGAGGUGAAAUCGAAAAUGAGGGUCGAAGAUAACUGGAAAAUAUGCAGAUCUCUUUGACUCGCAGACAGUUGCCCUUGCAGUUGGCCUGGGCCAUAUCUAUCCACAAAUCCCAAGGGCUUACUCUGGACGCCGUCGAAAUGUCCUUGUCAAGGUUGCUUCCAGACUUUGUAGUAAUAUUAUUACUAAAAACAGGAAAAAGUUGUUUUGCGUUUUAGGCGUUUCAGUUCUAUUCACUUCUAUUUCUAUUCGUUCUGUUCACAUUUCUUCAAGCAGCCAAGUUCCUGUUCAAUUUUUUUUUAGCAUACUCGAAAGCCUAUCACGCCACGAGAUUUUAGAUUUCAUUAUGAAAAAAAUAGCCAUGAACGAAAAAUCUACAAGUAUUGGAAAUUUUUGAUCCGGAAAAAAAUAGUAUACAAAUGAGAGCAUUUCAAAAUCAGAAAUUUCUGAUUUCUGAGAUCUGCCGCUUGACCGGCUACAAAUCAAAUUUAAGCCCUCUUUGUUUAUUUUUGAUGGUAGCUUAGCAGAUAAGAACUUUGUUUUGCUCUUCAGUAAAUUGGAAAGUUUUCUGACCAAUUCUCAAACGAUUCUGAUACAUUAGGCGAUAUGAUUUCAGAAUCUUCGCCCCAGGACAAGCCUACGUGGCCUUGUCGCGUGCUCGGUCGCUCUCGGCCAUCAAAGUCCUGGACUUUGACGCCUCCUGUGUUAGAGCCAAUGCCAAGGUCGUCGACUUCUACAGCUCCUUGAUCGACGAGACUACUCAAAACGAAAACUCCCCUCGCGAGGACUUCAUUGUCCGAAAACGUUCUCGAAUGAGCUUGUAAAUGUUCAUGUUGUUUCAUCAUGUAUAUUUUUACCAACCUAUCAACUUUCCAUAUUAUUGCUCUUCAUGUCCAAUAUUCGUGAUUCACGUAGAAUAUAAGUAAAAUGUUGAAAACUAACUCCUUUCACAGUUUAUUCUUCAAAAAGCCUUAAAGCUGGUUAUGUUUUUGCUCACUUUCAGGUUCUUUCAAUCUUUCCGACAUUUUCAGAUAAAUGGAACUCAAUUCAGAAGGGUCUUAUGUGUGUGUUAACUGCCUGUGUGAGUCGGAAACCCUAUAUCAAAAAUACUCGGCAGAUGGGAUCAAACUAACUGAGUGUGUACGUUUCUCCUUCUUUCUGGAGAUCCGAAAUUUCAUGUCUUUCAGAAGAAAUGCGGACAGACAGUCGACAAAUACAUCGAGUUUGAUUCAGUUCUGGUCGUCGUCCAUCUGAUUUUGCAGUACAUCGAAGCCUACCGCCAUUUAUUAUGCAAUGUCAGGUUGAAGGUAGGCUCUCGCAGACAUUCCUCCUGAGGAAUAUGGUUAUAGAUUUUAAAACAAAGCCGAAUACUUUGAGAAGCGUCAUUCUAAGGAAGGUGAUUUUUAUUUGUUAGGAGUUUAAAAUGAAUUUUCGAACGUCUGUGUAGUUCCUUAUCAGACCACUUCGGGCAGCCUAGACGUAUCCGGAGUCAUAUAGUUGAUGCAUCAAGAGAUACUAGAACUUCUAGUAGUCUUUGCAAAAAAACAUUUUUUAAUUCAGGCUGUUUUCAUAAUUUGCCAAUUUCAGAAUUAGAGAAAUUUUGUUUUUUUUUUUCUGAAGCGCGAAGAUAUUUUCGAUAACUUUCUUAGUUUUAAACAUAUCGCUCAGUUCGUUGUCGUUAGGGCAAAAAAAAAAAGGAAACUUUGACAGAAACCAUUCCGGCUGGGUGUCCUGUUCCUGUUCUGCCACUCCUACGACAAAUGGAUCCGCGAGCGGACCAUCAGCGGCGACAAGCAGAUCUACGAGUUGGAAAUGAUGUAUGUCCUGCUACCUGACCGCCUCUCCAAAAAACUAGCCCUUGAGUUUCUACGAGAGCGUCCUUUCUUCGAUCCUCGAGCUUGGCGCUUUUGUCGGCGUCGUCCUUCUUUUCGACGUCUUCAUAGCAUGUCUUCAACAACGUUCGAUUCAGAUUGGCAACGUCAUUUAUUCGACACUUUUCGGAUUCUAUGGUCUCUUAAAGAUUGCAAAACACCUUUUUCAUGAAAAAUUUAAGGAAAUGUCGCCGUCGUUUUAUCCAUUGUCUUUAGACUCUCAAAUCAGUCGUCUUAUCGAAUGGUCGUCCAGAUUUUUCUGUUUGUAUCCCACGUUCAAGUUCAAAGAGGUAUGUUCGAUUAGUAUCGUUUGCAGGACUACCUUUAUUAUUUUUUACUUGAUCUUUAUUCCAGAGGUACUGGAGUAGUUCAAUGAAAAUCUUCUUUUGGAUUGUUUCCCAUAGAAAAAACGGAAACUUGCAGUUUUGUUCCCGAGAGUGCCAAUAUUCGUCAACGCCUUGGUGAUCAGUGCUGCGCAUUACAUUUCUUCGGUUGUAUCACAAUUUGUGCCACGGAUGUUAUAA